AUGACGGAGGUCAUCACCCAGACCCCGCCCAUCCUCACCGGGGCCCCAUCCGAUAAGGAGCGCAAGUACGACCGUCAGUUAAGACUAUGGGCGGCCAGCGGCCAAGCAGCUUUGGAAUCUUCGCAUAUUCUUCUUGUCAACUCUGGCACAGGCACCGUUGGCAUCGAGACCCUGAAGAACCUCGUGUUACCAGGCAUUGGAAAAUUUACCAUUGCCGAUGAUGCCAUCGUGCGUGACUCCGACUUGGGUGUCAACUUCUUCCUCGAUGAGGAUGGCCUUGGCAAGUCAAGGGCACAACACUGUACGGAACUGCUAGUUGAACUGAACCCAGAAGUUCAAGGCGACUGGUUUCCAAAGAAUGGGGAACCCUUAAGCCUCCCAGACGUCCUGGGAAACGAAGGGCCCUAUACCGCGGUCCUUUAUGCGCUACCCGUUCAUCCCAGAUGUGAAUUAUUACUCCAAGAAUACUGCAACCAGAAUAAGACACCCCUCAUCGCCGUUCACUCGACCGGUUUCUACGCCGACUUCAAAAUCACCUUCCCCGGCCCCUUCCCUGUUGUGGAGACGCAUCCAGACGUCACUGCCACGACCGAUCUGAGGCUCCUCUCUCCUUGGGACGAGCUCAUCGACUUUGCGAGAGGCAUGACCAAGGACAUCGACAGCCUCGACAACCACGAGCACGGCCAUCUCCCGUUCGUCGUCAUUCUGCUCCACUACCUCGAUGUCUGGAAGGCAACUCACAACAGCGCGUACCCCUCGACUUAUGCAGAGAAGGUUGCCUUCAGGAAGAUGGUCUCUGAGGCCGCAAGAACUGACAAUCCAGAGGGUGGUGAGGAGAACUUCGAUGAGGCCGUGGCAGCCGUGCUCAAGACUGUUUCUCCCCCGUCCUUGCCAGGAGAUGUCAAGGAAGUGUUCGCAUAUGAGCACGACAGCCCAAUCAGGUCCAGCUUCUGGAUCAUAGCAGAUGCUGUGAAGGAGUUUUAUGAGAAGCACGGAUGCCUCCCCUUGCCCGGCGGCCUCCCCGACAUGAAGGCGCAGUCUAGCGUCUAUAUCCAGUUACAGAACAUCUACAAGCGCAAGGCACGCCGGGACGCCGCGGAGGUCUUUGAAUCGGUCCGCCGAGCUUCCGGGGGCGAUGCCAUCGACCCAGCCGAGGUGGACCUCUUUUGCAAGAACGCAGCCUUUGUCAAGCUCAUCAACCCGAAAAAUAAUGAUCCCGAGAGACUACUUGAAGUGGCCGACGAGGAACUCGCCAAUGACGAGAUGGCGAAGGAAGGCAUCAUGCCGCCGUCGCUGUUCCCCAUCUACCUCGCACUGCGGGCGACGGCUUACACUCCCAGCGUCGAGACGUCGUUCCCGGAAGAUAUCCUGAAGGACAUGAUGACGCUGGUGCCCCAGUUAGGGGAUCAGGAGCCCUACGCACAUGAGCGCUACGAACAAGCUGCUCAGGAAGUGAUCCGUGGCGCCAGCGGAGAGCUUCACAACGUCUCCGCCGUGAUGGGCGGCAUGGUGGCCCAGGAGAUGAUCAAAAUCAUCACCAAGCAGUACAUCCCCAUCAAUAACACCUGCAUAUUCGACGGCAUCGGCUCCCGAUGCCAGGUGCUUCGCUUGUAG